AUGAAUAACUUAAUUAAACGCUGUAGGUUCUUUAAUUAUAAAUUUAUGCAAUUGACUGUCAUACAUCGGAGAGUUACAAAUAUCAAAAUUAACCCAGCAGUAAUGACAGGUAGUGAAUUUGAUAUGCGGUUGGAAAAUAAAAAUGAUUGGGAUUCUAUGGAAUUUUUUUCAUGGCUAAAAAAGUCAGCGCCUAUUUUUCCUGUCAAUGCUUCCAAAGUAUGUUUACUUAAUUUUUAAUUUUAAUACCUUAAGUAAUUAAUAUAGCAGAUAUUUGAUCAUUUUAAAAAUUUGUGUAGCAAGUAAAUUAUGGUAAAAAAAAUUAGAAGAAAAAUGUAAUUUUUUUUAAAUAAUUUUUUGGAACAAAUUUAUUUGUUAAAAAAAAAAUUAAAAAAUAGUCAAGUUACUGCUAACUUCAAUGUCAUGUAAUUACUUGUAAUAAAAAAUGUAUUUUUAACUCAGGUCACUGUAAUUCAUGAACCAACAGUAUUUUAUUCAACUUUGAUAGAAAAAUGCAAGCGAGCUGAAAGAAGAAUAACACUGGCAUCUCUUUAUUUGGGAACUGGAAAACUUGAAGGGGAUUUGGUUCAAGCAAUAGAAAAAUCAGUCAAUUCAAGCAAUGGUCACUUAAAAGUAAAUAUCCUAUUGGAUUACAUGAGAGGUUCGCGUGGUCAAAAAAAUUCCCGAACAAUGUUGGAACCCUUACUCAAGGGCCAAUGGGUUGAAAAUAUUAAAGUACACUUAUAUCAUACUCCAAAAUUACGGGGCUUACUCAAGAAGUUUAUACCAAAUCGCUUUAAUGAAUUAAUAGGAUUGCAACAUAUGAAAGUUUAUAUUUUUGAUGAUUCUCUUAUUAUCAGCGGAGCUAAUUUGAGUAACGACUACUUCAUGAACCGACAAGAUCGUUACUUUCUUAUCGAAGACUGCAAAGAAUUAUGUGAUUUUUACAACGAUUUAAUAUCCCAAGUAUCAGAAUUCAGUUUCCGAUUGCUACCUGAUAGCUCAACCUCCUUCGACACCAAGUCGAGUCCUCACCCGUUUGAAAGUUCAACUGCGGACUUUGUAUCAGCAGCUCAAAGCCGGAUCCGUAAGUUUUACUUCAAUGAAUUGGAUAAGCGUCAAGCUGCCAGUGACACCAGCACAGACACGUGGGUAUAUCCGCUGAUUCAAAUGGGCCAGCUUGGAAUCUAUCAUGAUAACGAAAUCACUCUGAGAUUAUUAAAAACCGCGCCUCCAGGAGCUAGCCUCAGGUUCGCGACAGGGUACUUUAAUUUGACGGCUGAGUACUCAAGUGCCUUGAUACGGGACUGCAAAGCUUCAGUCCAACUACUCACUGCUCAUCCGACGGCUAAUGGUUUCUUUGGAGCCAAAGGAGUAGCCGGUGGAAUUCCAGCAGCGUAUACUUUAAUAGAAAAGUCAUUUUAUAAAUCUUGCGAACGUCUGGGAAUUCAUGAACGUAUCAAUUUGCGAGAGUAUGUUCGUAGUGGCUGGACAUACCAUGCCAAAGGUCUCUGGUAUACUUUACCAAAUCACAAAAAACCUUCUUUUACUUUAAUCGGUUCAUCAAAUUUUGGUUAUCGAUCAGUAAAUCGUGAUCUAGAAACCCAGAUAGCCAUAGUAACAAAAAAUGAUAAACUACAAAACGAUUUGCAUGAAGAAUACGAUAGAUUGUACAAAACUUCACAGAAAGUUACCAGCACUUCAUUGGCUCAGCAGGAUCGAAUAGCUCCAACUUGGGUUUACGCUGCAGUAUUUUUAUUUCGAUACUUUUUUUAA